AUGCAUCGCUAUUCCUUCCCACAUACUCCAGUCGCUCAUCCCGAGGCGAUAAUUGGUGCUGGCAAGUAUCGAUUCAGUGUUUUGACUGACGGCCUCCUUCGUUAUGAAUGGGCUGAGGACUACCAAUUCGAGGAUCGCGCCUCGGUUCUUGCUAUUAAUCGCCGGUUUCCAGUACCAGAGUUUCGCAUUAAAGAAACCCGAGACAAUCUUCAGGUUCUUACUUCUCGAUUCCACCUUACUUACGACAAACGAGAAUUUUCUCCAAAUGGCCUUAGUGCCGUCAUUAAGGGAAGCUAUGGGCCCCAUGUCAGCGUCUGGCGCUAUGGGAUCCCUACUUCAAAUCUCGGCGGUACAACCCGCACCCUGGACGAGGCCGAUGGCCGAGUUUCCCUAGAUCAAGGCGUUAUUUCUAGACAAGGCUUUGCGACAUUGGAUGACUCGACUUCGAUGCUCUUUGAUGAUCGACAGUGGGUGACUCCAAGAUUACCUGGAAAUCGUGUGGAUGGCUAUCUUUUCGCUUAUGGUCACGACUACCAACAAGCCAUUCAGACGUUCUAUCUUCUAUCAGGGCCCCAACCACUCCUUCCACGAUGGGCUCUAGGGAACUGGUGGAGUCGGUUUUAUCCUUACACGGCAGAUGAAUAUUUAUCGCUGAUGGAUCGAUUCCGUGAAAAUGAGAUUCCACUCUCAGUCGCCGUACUGGAUAUGGAUUGGCAUCUUGUGCAAGAUGAGCGUAUCAAGAAAGCAGGAGUGACAGGAUGGACCGGUUACACCUGGAACAAGGAACUUUUCCCGAAUCCCAAAGCUUUCCUCGCAGAACUCCACGAUCGGGGCCUACAUAUAUCUCUAAAUGAUCAUCCAGCGGAUGGUGUGCAGAGCUACGAAGAUCUCUAUGAAGAGAUGGCCAUUGCUCUACACCAUGAUGCGUCCAUGGGUGAUCCUAUCUCUUUCGACAUCACUAAUCAAGCCUUCUUGGAUGCGUUCUUUGAUGUGCUCCACCGGCGAAUUGAGAAAGACGGAUUGGAUUUAUGGUGGGUGGAUUGGCAGCAAGGGUCACAUUCCCGUAUCCCCGGGAUUGAUCCACUUUGGGUGCUCAAUCAUUACCACUUCCUAGACAGCGCUCUUAAUAACAAGAGGCCCUUGACUUUUUCGCGAUAUGCGGGCCCAGGAAGUCACCGUUAUCCUAUUGGAUUCUCCGGCGAUACCGUGGUAUCAUGGGACUCUCUUCGUUUCCAGCCAGAGUUCACAGCGACAGCGUCAAACAUUGGGUUCGGGUGGUGGAGCCAUGAUAUUGGUGGUCAUUUUCACGGGGAAAAGAACGAUGAAAUGCUCAUUCGAUGGGUGCAAUACGGCGCAUUCUCCCCUAUCUUGCGACUCCACUCUUCGAACAAUAUUUUCAGCAUCAAGGAACCCUGGAAUCUCGAUUCACAAUAUGAACAGAUCAUGACAGAUUAUCUGCGGCUCCGCCAUAGACUGCUUCCAUAUUUAUACGCGAUGAAUGUACGCGCUGCUAUACAGGGUCUACCUCUUAUCCAGCCCAUGUACUGGGGCUACCCGGAAAGCGAGGAAUCCUACAACGUACCAAAUCAGUAUUUAUUUGGCACGGAUCUCAUUGUGGUACCAAUCACUACUCCUCAAGAUCACCGAUCUCGAAGAUCUCAGGUCCUCGCCUGGCUUCCCCCUGGCAGGCAUGUGGAUAUUUUUACAGGGAUGGUCUACGAUGGAGACCGUCACAUUUGGCUUAAUCGACGCCUGAAAGAUUACCCGGUAUUUGCUGCCGAAGGAGCGAUCAUCCCCUUCGACGCAGCAUCAGCUCUCACCAAUGACUGCGCAGAUUCUUCCAAAAUCGAACUCCUGGUUGUUGUCGGGGCAGAUGGCAAUUUCGAACUUGUGGAAGACGACGGAAAGGGACAAUGCACGGAUAAAAUUGCGUUCCGCCGAACUCGUAUUUAUUUCAAUCAAGAGGCUGGUGAGCUGCACAUUGGGCCUACAAGUGGUGGGACCAUUCUCUCACGAGUCCGCCAGUGGAGCGUUCGCUUCCUCGGUUACGCAUCACUGGAGAUGAUCCAAGUUUAUGUCGGAGAUAAAGAACGCAUGGUCAAUGGCCAGUGUAUGAACAACGGUCUUCUUGUUGACUUAGGAUCUCACAGUGAAGGUGCGCACAUUGUGGUGAAGUUAAGAGGUCACCCUGCUUUAAUGACGAACCGGCCCGGGCCUCAAAUUAUCGAAUUCUUGCGUGAUGCUCAAAUUGGACUGGAUCUGAAGGACGGCAUUCGGAAGAUUGUGGAACGUUCGGUAUCUAUAUUGUUACAGAUCGGCGACCUUCAUGCUCUUGGCCUGGACAGCGUGCUGUUGAAUCCAAUUCUUGAGUUUCUCUUAGCUGACUCCCGGAUUGUAUUGACUAAAGAUAACUAA